AUGUCCUCGGAUAUUCGUACUUCGGCGUUGAAAUCCCCAGUUGAUAUUGGCCACUACCUUUUCGCACGGCUGUACCAACUGGGUAUCCGGGAAAUUCAAGGGGUCCCUGGUGAUUAUAACCUGCUGGCCCUGGACUAUCUUCCUGCGGCUGGUCUCAGAUGGGUUGGAAACUGCAAUGAGUUGAAUGCUGGGUAUUCGGCAGAUGCAUAUGCUCGGGUUAAGGGGAUCUCAGCAAUCAUCACCACCUUUGGUGUCGGGGAACUUUCAGCGCUCAAUGCUAUUGCCGGGGCAUACUCCGAACAUGUACCAGUUAUCCAUAUUGUUGGCCAGCCGAGUACCUCAUCCCAGAGAAACAGCAUGUUGCUUCACCAUACCCUUGGGAAUGGUGAUUAUAAUGUUUUCAUGAAUAUGAGUGCACAGCUGUCCACCGCAACAGUUAAGAUCACUGACACAAUGACUGCCCCAACACUCAUUGACCACGCUUUACGUGAAUGCUGGGUUCAAAGCCGGCCUGUUUAUAUUGCUUUACCCACGGACAUGGUGCAAGAAAAGGUGGAGGGUGAGAGACUGAAGCAAUCUGUAGACCUCAACGACCCUUUGAAUGACCUGGAGAAAGAAGACUAUGUUGUUGAUGUGGUGCUCAGAUACCUGCACUCCGCCAAAGAUCCAGUUCUGUUGAUUGAUGCAGGUGCUAUCCGUCACAGCGCGGUUGAUGUGGUUCAUGCUUUGGUCCAAAAAUCAGGAUUGCCGACAUUUGUCGCCCCCAUGGGAAAGGGAGCAGUGGAUGAGACACUGCCCAACUUCGGCGGUGUCUAUGCAGGCGAUGGUUCUAAUGAAGGCGUUCGUGAAAGGGUGGAAUCGUCGGACCUGAUCCUCAGCAUUGGACCCCUCAAAUCUGACUUCAAUACGACAGGGUUUUCUUACAGGACCAGCCAAUUGAAUACAAUUGACUUUGAUACUGAACAUGUUCGAGUGAGGUAUUCAGAGUACUCUGGGAUCAGGAUGAGGGGUGUUCUGCAGAAGGUGAUGGAGAAGAUGGGGAGUUUGAAUGUCCCAUCUGUACACACACCUCUCACCCAGACCCCACCUGGAAGCCCAGUCAGUGCACUGAGUGCCCCUAUCACUCACUCCUGGUUAUGGCCAGCUGUGAGUAAUUGGCUGCAACCAGGUGAUGUUAUCAUCACCGAAACAGGCACUGCCAACUUUGGUAUCUGGGAGACUAGGUUUCCCAAAGGCGUAACGGCAAUCAGUCAGGUUCUGUGGGGCAGCAUCGGCUAUUCUAUCGGUGCCUGUUUAGGGGCAUUGUUGGCUACCAAGGGUGCUGAUCAUCGACGAGUGAUCCUCUUUGCAGGAGACGGCAGUUUUCAAAUGACGGCACAGGAGAUAAGUACAAUGCUUCGAGAAAACCUUAACCCCAUCAUAUUUGUCAUUUGCAACAACGGAUAUACAAUUGAAAGAUAUAUCCACGGUUGGGGUAAGCCAUAUAACGAUAUUCAGACCUGGCAACAUGGCUCCCUCGUCGAGGCCUUCGGAGCAGACUCUCAGAGUCGCUACAGCACCUAUCAAGUAAAGACGAAGGGCGAGCUUGACUCUUUGUUCAGUAACCCACAAUUCUCUUCAGCCCCUCACUUUCAGCUUGUGGAGCUUUUUAUGCCCACAGAUGAUGCUCCGAAGGCCCUCAAGCUGACAGCAGAAGCUGCAGCUAAAAGGAACGCAAAAGCUUAA